AUGGUUCGCUUCAGUUCACUCUUGGCUGCUGCGGCAUGCUUUGUUGCUGCCGAGUCGGUCAGUAUCACGGUUGGCAGCAAGGGCGGUAACGCUACUAGCGGUCACCAAUAUGGUUUCCUUCACGAGGACAUCAACAACUCCGGCGAUGGUGGUAUCUACGCCGAAUUGAUCCGCAACCGAGCCUUCCAGUACAGCAAGAAAUACCCCGUCUCGCUUUCUGGCUGGCGUUCCAUCAAUGGCGCCGACCUGUCCCUCGACCGACUCGAUGAGCCGCUUUCCGAUGUCCUUCCCGUCUCCAUGAAGGUCAAGCCUGGCAAGAAGGGCAAGUCCAACGAGAUUGGUUUCCUCAACGAGGGAUACUGGGGCAUGGACGUCAAGAAGCACAAGUACACUGGCUCUUUCUGGGUCAGGGGUUCCUACAAGGGCCACUUCACUGCGUCUCUGCGCUCCAACCUCACAGACGAUGUCUUUGGCAGCGUCAAGGUCAAGUCCAAGGCCAAGAAGGACAAGUGGGUUGAGCACGAGUUCUCCCUCAAGCCCAAGAUGGAUGCACCCAACAGCAACAACACCUUUGCCAUCACUUUCGACCCCAAGGGUGCCGACGGAGCUCUUGACUUUAACCUCAUCAGCUUGUUCCCUCCCACUUACAAGGGACGCAAGAACGGUCUUCGAGUUGACCUUGCAGAGGCACUUGAAGGUCUGCACCCCAGUCUUCUCCGUUUCCCUGGCGGUAACAUGCUCGAGGGCAACAGCAACAAGACCUGGUGGGACUGGAAGGACACUAUUGGUCCUCUUCGCUACCGUCCUGGCUUCGAGGGUGUCUGGAGCUACCAGCAGACCCACGGUCUUGGAAUCUUGGAAUACCUUCAGUGGGCUGAAGACAUGAACCUCGAGAUCAUUGUCGGUGUCUAUGCUGGUCUGUCUCUCGACGGAGGUGUCACUCCCAAGGACCAGCUACAGCCUCUGAUUGACGAUGCCCUUGACGAGAUCGAGUUCAUCCGAGGACCUGUCACUUCCAAGUGGGGUAAGAAGCGUGCCGAGCUUGGCCACCCCAAGCCCUUCAGACUUUCCUACGUCGAGAUUGGUAACGAGGACUGGCUCGCUGGUUACCCAACUGGUUGGAACAGCUACAAGGAGUACCGAUUCCCCAUGUUCCUCGAGGCCAUCAACAAGGCUCACCCCGACCUGACUGUCAUCUCUUCCGGUGCCUCGAUCGAUCCAGUCGGCAACAAGAACGCUGGCUUCGACAUCCCCGCCCCCGGAAUCGGUGACUACCAUCCUUACCGCGAGCCUGAUGUUCUUGUCGAGGAAUUCGACCUCUUCGACAACAACAAGUACGGCCACAUCAUCGGUGAAGUUGCUUCUACCCACCCCAACGGUGGAACCAAGUGGGAGGGUAAACUCAUGCCUUAUCCCUGGUGGAUCUCUGGUGUCGGUGAAGCCAUUGCUCUCGUCGGCUACGAGCGUAACGCGGAUCGCAUUCCCGGAACCUUUUACGCACCCAUCCUCAAGAACGAGAACCGCUGGCAAUGGGCCAUCACCAUGGUCCAGUUCGCCGCCGACGCCGCCAUGACUACCCGUUCUACCAGCUGGUACGUCUGGGAACUGUUCGCCGGUCACCCCAUGACACACACCCUGCCCGUCAAGGGAGACUUGGAUCCUCUGUUCUACGUCGCUGGCAAGAACGAGGACAAGGGCACUCUGAUCUGGAAGGGCGCUGCUUACAACACCACCAAGCACGCCGACGUUCCUGUUUCUCUGUCGUUUGAGGGUGUCAAGGCUGGUACACAGGCUGAGCUGACUCUGUUGACCAACAAGGAGGAUACGCCCUUUGCCUUCAACGAUCCUCACAAGGGUAACAAUGUUGUCAAGAGCACCAAGACUACUCUCAAGGCUGACAAGAAGGGUGCCUUCAAGUUCACCAUGCCUGAGCUUAGCGUUGCUGUUCUUGAGACUGUCAAAAAGGGAAAGCCUUAUGCUAGUUGA